AUGUCGGGCCAAGAUUUUAAUGAAAAUGCUACUUUAGAAGAGUCUUUUAGUGAUACAGAUACGGUUGUAGGAUCUUUUGAUGAAAAAACUGAGAUACACACUCAUAAAGGAACUGAAAUACAAACUCAUGAAAGAUCUAAAAAAUGUACUCAUGAAGUUACUAUACGAGAUGGUCGAAAUAUCUGUAAAGGCCGCUAUCAACCUUAUGAAGAUGACCAGUUAGUCCGUCUUUAUAAAAAAUUAAAAGACCAACAUAAGAAUAAUGUUUUCGCAAUGAUUGAACAGAUCAUGAAUAGAACUGCUAAAUCUCUGCGAGAACGAUACUGUAACCAUCUCGAUGAAAGAAUUGACAGUUCAGAAUUAAAACUAGAAGAAAAGACUCGAAUUUAUGAACUCUAUCAUGAGCUUGGUAAUCGCCCAGUCCACGCUGAAAUAGCGCGUUUGUUAAGUGAAGGGCGCGAGGAUGGUAAACGCAGAACAGACCUUAUUGUCCGGAAUUUUUUGUCACCAAAGUUAAAAAAGAAAAAAGAAAGUAGCACUCGUAUUAAAGAUAUGAUGCAUGUGAAUACUUUAAUACAUAAAGAUAAUGAAAUGGACCUGGAUAAUUCAAUAAAUAAUGAUAAAAUUGGCACGGCUGAUUUAGCAAAUAAAGAUGAAAUGAAGCCGGAUGGUUUAAUAAAUAAAGAAGAUGAAAUGAGCCAGGCUAAUCCAAUGAAUGAAGAAAACAAGAUGGACUUGAAAAACUUAUUAAUAAGUUGA